AUGUCUCAAUGGGCCUUUAAAGCUCCUGGGGAAGAUGCUCUCGUAUAUGUGGGCCGAGUAGCCCCAGGAGACGGAGAAGGUCCAGUUAGUCAACCUGUUGUGGCAAAUAGUUUGCUGGAGGAGGCGGGACUGCCCGGCGCCAGCUGCCUUCAUGAGGUGGCGUGUGGACAGGUGGCGGUCCAUGUUGGGGAAGAUGGGGCCCACCUUGUCAAAGUGGUUAGCACCAAUGUCAGCAAUACAGGCCCUGGUGGUGUUAUCAGCGGAGUUCAAAAACACGUACCUCUUGAGACAACUUGCCAUGUCCCGAGCCAGGGCUUUCGCCAGCUUUCGGCUCAGAAUUAUCCCACCCCCACCAAAAGCCUGGUCGAACAAAAACAGAUAAUUCGACACUAUACUCUCCGAAUUCCCACCGAGAUAGUAAUACCUCUCGUGGUCGUACUUACUAAGCACGUCGACCAUAUUGUCAACGAAGAAAAUCGAGUCAUCAUCCCCCAUCACCACCCAUCUGAAAUCGGAGGGAAAGUAUCGGCGGGCCAGGGCAGGAGGUUGGGCCCCGGGGGUUUGUCGAGGAAGAGGAAGCCACAGGUGGAGUUGGGCCGCCACCAUGACUCGAUGUACCAUUUUCGGUUGGGCCAGGCCUUUUCGGAGGCGAGCAAGCCGAACACGAGGUGGCUGAGAUUGGUCGGCAUAGUUUUGGGGCGGCCUGUUGGGGAGAAUUGGAAAGGUAGGGAGAUGAGGUUGUUGUUUGGGUAUGAAAUGGUGAUGAAGCCAAGGGCAGUACCCUUGUUGUCAUUUAUUGGAGGCUAG